AUGGAGGAUCUAACAAUCGAGCCGUUACUCGGCUGGCUUACUCUCACCCCGCCCACGCUCUCUGCUAGUCACCAGCCCGUGGCCGCCCGCAGCGUCGCUGCUGUCGACCUUGUGCAGCUCAUACCCCGCCGCUGCCGCCUGACGCCCCGCGCGUACCGGGGUUCAGGGGGAGACCCUCAUCCAUGCCAUCUGAGUGCAGAUUGGUCGGGGCUGGGACUGGCGAAGAUUGCCGAAAGGUGGCGGGGAGGAGGAGGAGGAUGUCAUCGCAAGAGUGAGCAAGCAGAUAUCGCGGGAUCAAAUGUCGCGAGAGCUCUCCCAGCUUGCAACUGCCGAAAAAAGGUUACUUUUCCCGGAAGUAACGUCAAUGGAAACCGCCGGGGAUCCUGGGAAUACAAUAUUUGUUCUAGCCUGAGGUGGGAGGGGCUACCGAGCUCUCACAGUCAUGGCUGGCGAACUGGAAAGAGGUUUUGUCCCUUGGUAGGCCAACUCCGAAACCGGGUCGAACUGCGGACCAGUAGUUGCCGGGUCACUGUUCACCCUGGGACUUCUCCUGAUUGUCUUCCGACAGAGCUGCUCAUAGUCAUCGCAAACAUGUUUAAUGCUGAGAAACUACGAAUCCUCGGUGCUGUUUCCAUUUUAACCCGUCAGAUGACACCAUACAGAAAGCCAAAAAACCUCAGGAGGAUUCUUCCAAAUUUUUGGAGCACCAUCUAUCAGGUGUACCGACAAUAUAUGGAUAUCAGUGCUGAGGGUCCAGAAAAUCAAAAAAUGACCUUAGACCUCAAAAUACCUAAAAGAAAAUCAGAGGAUUGUGGUGAAGAGCUCUGAAACACAGCACAAGGAUUUUGAGCUUUUUAGUGCUCACUGGCAUUUUAAAAUAGGUUAAUGAAAGAAUGAAGAGACAACUUACAGAACGGGAAGAAAUUUUUCCAGUUACACCUCAGUCAGAGGACUAGUAUCUAGAAUCUAUAAAGGACUCUAAAAAUAUACACCCUUCCAAGAAAAGUCUGCAGAAAAAGUAUAUGAAAAAUGUUUAACAACAGUGGCCAUUAGCGAAAUGCAAAUUAAAACAACCCUUAGA